AUGAUCAAGGAGCCACUGGGGAUGAAUGGCAUCACACUGAAUAUCGCCAUCACAGGGGAAACUGGUUCUGGCAAAUCCACCUUUGUUAAUGCCUUCAGAGGUGUGAGUGAUGAUGAUGAGGGAGCUGCUCCGACUGGUGUUACAGAAUGCACCAUGGAGGUUAAAGAAUACUUCCAUCCAAACUAUCCAAAUGUUAAAUUCUGGGAUCUUCCUGGAGUUGGUACCCCAAAUUUUCCAUCUGACACGUACCUGGAACGUGUUGGAUUUGAGAAGUUUGACUUCUUCAUCAUCAUCUCAGCUGUUCGGUUCAAAGAGAAUGAUGUGAAACUCGUGCAGGAGAUUCAGAGGAUGAAGAAAAAGUUCUACUUUGUUUUCUCAAAAACUGAUGACGUUAUAAAUGCUGGGAGAAAAAAGAGAGACUUCAGUGAAGAGGAGACUCUGACAAAAAUCAGAGACGACUGCGUUCAAGACCUGUGUGAUUUGUACCUGAGUAAAUUUUGUCCUCUUUUGCUGUUUCAGACUUUACAUACAAGCACAGACGACCAGUUUGGAUUUGCAUCAGUUACAGAAGAAAUUAAUGAAGCUGUGCUGAAGAAUGACCAACCAGCAGCUGCUGCAAAGAUCAAUGAGUUAAUGGUGAAGGAGAAAAACAUCACAUUAAAUAUUGCCAUCACAGGAGAAUCUGGGGCUGGUAAAUCCACCUUUGUUAAUGCCCUCAGAGGACUAUGUGAUGAUGAUGAGGGAGCUGCUCCUACUGGUGUUACAGAAUCCUCAAUGGAUCCUAAACCACACUUCCAUCCAGACUAUCCCAAUGUUAUCUUAUGGGAUCUUCCUGGAAUUGGCACCUUGAAGUAUCCAGCUGACUCAUACCUGAGGUAUGUUGGAUUUGAGAAGUAUGACUUCUUCAUCAUCAUUGCGGCUGCUCGGUUCAAAGAGAAUGAUGUGAAACUCGCUCAGGAGAUUCAGAGGAUGAAGAAAAAGUUCUACUUUGUUCGCUCAAAGAUUGACAACGAUAUAAAUGCUGAGAGAAGAAAGAGAGACUUCAGUGCAGAGAGGACUCUGACAGAGAUCAGAGACGACUGCGUUAAAGGACUCAGAGGAUUAGGCAUCGAGUCUCCACAGGUCUUCCUGGUGUCCAGCUUUGAGCUCCACCUGUACCACUUCUCUCUCUUACAUGAGACCUUAGACAGAGACCUUCCUGCACACAAGAGAGAUGCUCUGCUGUGUGCCACGCCCAACAUCAACCCAGAGAUCAUCAGGAAGAAGAAACAAGCUCUGAAGUCCAAAAUAAAAUACUGGGCUACUCUGUCUGCAGCUGGAGCAGCUGUUCCAGUUCCUGGUCUUUCUAAUGUUGUUGAUGAUGUUUUGCUGGUUGGUGUUGUCACAGAUUAUGUUCAUGCAUUCGGUCUCGAUAUCCCGUCUCUGAAGAGACUUUCUGCCAGAACAGGUGUGCCAUAUGCUGAUCUGUGUGCUGUCAUCAUUUCACCACUUGCUGCAGCAAACAUAACUACAGAGCUCCUCCUGAAGGUGAUAGCCCAACUUGAGUCCGUAGCUGCAUUAAUUGCGGCAGAGAAAGUAUUCAGAUGGAUUCCAUUUAUUGGAAUUCCAAUAGCCAUGGGUCUCUCUAGUACCAAAACUUACAAAAUUCUGAAUUUGAUCCUUGAUAAGCUCACUGAAGAUGCUCAGAGGGUGUUUAAAAAAGUUUUAGUCUGAACACAUCAGUGUGAAUUUGUAAAUUAAAGAUGAAUGAAACUUAAAAAAGUUCAAAUGAAAUUAAUUAAAAUCAUUAAAUACAAAUAUAUUGAAACCAAAUCAUGUUGCAGCUGCACAUUUGAGCCAUUAUCCUACUAUAGCUGAUAAAUGUAUCAGAGGCCUCAGCAGGUCUCAUUUCUUCUCAUCACAUCAAUACAGGAACAAAUGUGAUGUUAUUAUUCAGAUAUAAACUGCGUAGAAGAGCUACUGAAGUUUUUGUGUG